UAUCAACGCGGCGGCGGCCGCCGCGGCCGCGGCAGCUGCAGCACGACACCCGGUCCCGCCGCAGCCCGGCCAGCCGAUCAAGUUCACGGUCCUCGAGUCUUGCGACAGGAUCAAGCAAGAGUUCGAUUAUCUGCAGCAGCAAAACAACACUGCGCGUAAGGAUGUAGCGAGCGAUAUCGACAGAAGCAGGGGAAGAGGAAGGGAGGGAGGACGAGAGGGUCGUCGGAGAAAAAGUCUGGGAACGAACGCAGCUGCCACGCGCGCGCGCUCUAGCUCUUCCGAGUUAGCGCACGCUAUCCCACCGUCGUAGUGUUCGCGCGACGGAUACGUAAUGGCAGGCCGCGAAGUACGCGGAGUCGAACUUGGAGUUUCCACCCGAGGACGACGAACGGGGCGAACGGGCGUUGCAUUUUUCAGCAGCGCUCGGAUCGAAACUUCCCUCAUCGCUCGAACGGACGGUCUCUUCCGCUGCCGUUUUUUUUUCUUCCUCCUAUUUUCUCCCUCCUUUUUUAUUUCUCUCCUCUGUCCGCCACACGUACGAGGGAGGGAUAUUCUAUUCGCGAUGUACGCGUUUUCGCGGUUCGCGUUCUCCCUCCGCUCCUUCUCUCCUCCAUUGCUCGCUUCGCGAGUUACCCGGCCGUGUUCGACUCAGCAAGACUCGAUGUUCUCGCAUGCGUUUCACGUUUCUCUUUCUCCUUUCCGCAGGUUGAAGAUGGAGUGCGAUAAACUGGCUUCGGAGAAGAUGGAGAUUCAGCGACACUACGUGAUGUAUUACGAAAUGUCGUAUGGCCUCAACAUGGAGAUACAGAAACAUAGUGAGAUAUCAAAGAGACUGAACGUUAUUAUCGGGCAAAUUCUGCCGUUUCUGCCGCACGAUCAUCAACAGCAAAUCAUCAACGCCAUAGAGAGAGCGAAGCAGGUGUCGGUGGCGGAUUUAAACUCCGUAAUAGCGCAGCAGAGGCCGGAGAUACCGCAACUGCUGCAGCAAAUGCACGCGCGGCAAUUGCCGCCGGGCGCGGCGAUGGCUCAUCCGGGUUUACCUGGACUUCCAGGAUUGGGGCCGGCUGCCGGGCUUCCGGUAGUGACUUCCGCGUCCGCGGCUUUACUCGGUCUCGGACUGACGCCCGUCUCAACCGCGACUCCGGGCACGGUCACCGCCGCGCAUUCCCUCUCGAUGCUUGGCAAGCCGGAUAUCCACCGCGGUCAGCCGGACGAUCUCAAGAGCAGUGGAGGUAUGAGCUCGACGGAGGAGAGACAUAGAAGCUCGAUAUCGCCAGCCGAGAAAUACAGCCGACCUCGCAGCCCGCAAGAAACCACUCAUCACUCUCAUAACUCUCAGAGUCAUCACGACCAUUCAAUGCACCCGAUGAAGAAGAUAAAGAAGGAUCACGAUAAGGACACAAUUCAUAGCGACGGUGAGAAAAGCGACCAAGACCUGAUCGUGGACGACGCGAGUGAAGGCCCAAGCAGUCCGAUCGUGAACGGUGCAUCCUCGCCACCGCGCGAAAAUGGUCUUGACAAGGCCGUGGUGACCUCGUCAUUGACCGCUAGCGUGCAAACCCUGAAAAAGGACAUAACGCCACCAUCCCCGAGAAGUGGGACGAGUAGCAACGCGAGCACGCCGUCCACCAAGAAGAUGGAGGAACAGGAGAAAACAGCGACAUCGAUUUCGAAGCCACUGACACCUACCUCCGGCACUGCCGUGAUCGGGACCCCCGGCAAGUCUACCCCCAACAGUAAGCUGAUGCAAGGCGUGACUGUACAAGGUGUACCAACCUCGCUGUCCGGUGUAGCCACAUAUUCGCCGCACUAUCCGUCGGGUGGGCCACCACCGCCGCAUCAUAUCGCCCCGACCGGCCAACAUCCCCACGUCGACGUGAUGGCAUAUAAUGGGUAUGUGACGCCGCGAGCACCUGCUUCGCUGCAACAACUCUAUGAUCCCCACGCGGCCUUGCGGGCUCCGAUCGGAAUACCCGGGGGCAAGCCUGCAUACAGCUUCCACAUAUCCGACGGUCAGAUGCAGCCGGUGCCGUUCCCGCAGGACGCGCUAAUCGGGCCGGGUAUACCGCGGCAUGCCCGUCAGAUCAGCGCCCUGAAUCACGGCGAAGUCGUGUGUGCGGUGACGAUCUCGAACCCCACCAAGUACGUUUACACCGGAGGUAAAGGGUGCGUCAAGGUCUGGGACAUCGGACAGGCCGGUCUCGCGGGGGUGAAACCGGUCUCGCAGCUCGAUUGUCUACAGCGAGAUAACUACAUCAGGUCAGUGAAGCUGCUGCCGGAUGGAAGAACGCUAAUAGUUGGCGGUGAAGCUAGCCAAUUGUGCAUCUGGGAUCUAGCUAGUCCAACACCGAGGAUCAAGGCGGAACUUACGUCAACAGCACCAGCCUGUUACGCGCUGGCCAUAUCGCCGGAUUCGAAAGUCUGCUUCAGCUGUUGCAGCGACGGCAACAUCGCCGUGUGGGACUUGCACAAUCAGUCACUUGUCAGACAAUUCCAAGGCCACUCAGACGGCGCCUCCUGCAUCGACAUCUCCGCCGACGGUACGAAACUGUGGACCGGCGGUCUGGAUAACACGGUGCGUUCGUGGGACCUGAGAGAGGGCAGGCAGCUGCAGCAGCACGACUUCACCUCGCAGAUAUUCUCCCUCGGCUACUGUCCCACUGGCGAGUGGCUGGCGGUGGGUAUGGAGAACUCGCGCGUUGAGGUGCUCCACGCCACCAAGCCCGACAAGUAUGAACUGCGUUUGCAUGAAUCCUGCGUUCUCUCGCUACGUUUCGCCUCGUGCGGCAAGUGGUUCGUCACGACUGGCAAGGACAAUCUUCUGAACGCGUGGCGCACCCCUUACGGCGCUUCAAUAUUCCAGUCGAAGGAAUCUUCGUCGGUACUCAGCUGCGACAUAUCGACGGACGACAAGUAUAUAGUCACUGGCUCCGGCGAUAGGAAAGCCACCGUCUACGAGGUUAUAUAUUGAGCGCUGUCGCCGUUAUCAUCAUCAUUGUCAUCAUCAUCAGCCCAGCGACAGUUCAAGGAAGAAGAUGUGGUUAGAAAGGGAGCGCUCUCUUUUUCUACCAAGUAGCGACAUUAUCGACGUUGUUCUUGUUGUUACAAUGUCGCUGUUCUUGUUAUUUGUUUAAUGGCGAGGAGGAGAGGCUAUGGCGGCCGCGUGUCGCAGGCUCGAAGCCGGGUCGUAGUAGACACGCGCGCGACGUGUGUUUCCUCCGUUUCCGCUAGUCGAGAUCGUUCGAUCCAUCGAGCGAGACGCAUAUUCGCGCGAAUAAAUGAGUGCGGAUUCACGUGUGUAUACGUUUGUGCUAUAAAAAAAUAUACGCCAGAUACAUGCUACCAUGCAUAUAUUUAUAUGUACUCGUAUUUGUCGAACGUUUAUUCGAGAAAAUACGAUUUACGUAGAUACACGUGUUCAACACAAAGUUAUAUUCGUUCGUUAUUCGCGAAUUGUGUAACUGUGCUAGUCGCGUCGACAACAGUAUAUAAUGCCUCCCUCCCCUCCCUCCCCCUCCGGUGAGCUCAUGUUUCGUGGCGGAGACACGUGACUAUUUCUCCAAUCUUUUUCUCUUGUACUUACGAUACGUAACUGCCGACUGUUGUUGAUUCCUUCUUCGGGCAAAGUUUCCGUCCCACUCCGGUAUAUUCGACUCCCCCCCUCUUUGAUGACCCCUUUGUAAUUAUAGUCCUGUUAUAGGCCCGUCUGUAAAUUGUGUAAAUAGCAAAGUUUUAAGUGAUAUCAUUAUAUUUUUCUACUUCCCUGCCACCCCCAGCCCCACCCCCCAAGAGAGUGAAAGAAUGGUGGAUGAGGAAGGAGCUUAAGGAGAGUUACAAUUGUAUAUUUCGAUCUGGAAAGAUUGACGAGUGACGAGACGAGAGUCGAUAAAUAAAUGGCAUAUAAUAAUCAAAGAA